AUGUUUUGUCACAGUAAUGAAAGUGACGUCAAUGGUUACCAUAACGACGAGUCGCCGUCUAAUCAAAACAAUAUAUGCAAUCACCGCAGUACAUGGGAUGUUAUUCUCGAUCACAGCGAUUUUAAAGAUAACCCAGCUAGUGAUGUCGAGAUUACAGCACCUCAAUUCAGAGUUGUGAGAGCAAGGACAGCGACAUUGGUUCUUGUAUUGGAUAUAUCUGGAAGUAUGUUGGGUAGCAGAGUGAGUCAGCUAAGGGCUGCAUGUCAGCUAUAUAUUCAGUCUAUCGCAUCGGGUACUACUGUGUCCAUCGUACAUUUCAGUACGCAGGCACACGUUGUGGCUAACAGUGUGUUCAUUACGGGUGACGAUGACCGCCUGGCACUUAUCGAUCAACUGCCUUCCUUUGUAUAUGGAAGGACCAGUAUUGGCAGCGGACUCUUAGCAGCUAUGCAGAUCUUAGAAAGUAAUGGCGCUGAUCCAACAGGUGGCACCGUUGUCCUGAUAACGGACGUAGAAGCAAGUGAUAGUAUGACGAAUACUAAAAUGGAGAAAGGCAGCAAUCAGUGUCGAAUUGUACUUCUAGGGUGCGAUGGUGUUGGAAAAACUGCGAUAGCAGUCCGAUAUUUGUGUGGAAGGUACCUCACUGAGUACGCCUCCAAACUCGAAUUUUGUUACGAGAAACCAGAAAAAAUCGACGGUAAACGGAUAAACCUCGAGAUACUAGAUACUGCUGACCAGGACAAAACUGACCAAUAUUUGGAAUCAGCGGACGGUGUGUUAUACAUCUAUUCUACGACCAGCCGUCGAACCUUACAGGCUGCCAAAGAGUUUCAGAAAUCCUUAGCAUUAUCCGGGAAAAAUAUUCCUGUAUUUUUACUAGGGAAUAAAUGCGACUUUGCACAGGGCAGACAAGUGACUCAUUCCGAGGGCACGGCGGUCGCUAAGCAACAUAAUUGGAGGUUUUAUGAAACCUCGGCUGCAACUGAAAUCAUCCGAAUCAAACUGAUCUUUGAGGACAUGAUCCGCGCGUGCGUAUUACAUAGGACCAUCACGAAAAAAUCGAAAUCUAAAAAGCCGUGGAAGAUAAUUCGUUCUGUUUCAUUUCGAGGACAAAAAGAAAGCAUUAAAAAAGACUAUUUCAGAAGUGUUGUGUCACGGUCGUCCUCGUUCCGUACACAGGUCGUGGAAGAGUGUAGUGACGUCGCCUAG